GAAAAAACUCGUAAUAUUGAACAAGCCCGUUGUGUUUCUUUGUUUUUCCAGGAGAGAGGAUCAGUGACUCUUCGCUCUUUGGUGUUUGUGAUACAAUUCACAAAUAAAUUCUCUGUAUGCUUUGCAUUCAUCUUUGAUGGCAACGAUCACUGCCCCGAACUCUCUUCAGAUUCGAUUAGCUUUCAGUGCCUCCAAUUGCACCAAAUUUCCCAUCCUUCUCCACUCCAGUCUCCGCCACUUGGAUCGUCGUGUUCGUGUUCGUCUUCUCUGCGUUGCCAAAAACGGGAACGGGUUAGACACUGUUCCCAACCGGGUCGGGUCGGAUGGGUGGCCCGAUUCGGAGGUUGGGGAACAGUCUACCGGCUUUCACAAGAAGAACGAAUCAUAUCGUGGAGUAGUGGGAAUGGGAGUGGCUGGACUCGUUCUUCUUUCAGGGCUUACCUUUGCAGCCUUGUUUGUCAGCAGACGACGAAUCAGUGCCAGACAAGAACAGCAAAUGGAGCCGACUGCACAUCAGGAAGUGCUUUUGUCUUCCGAUGAUCAUAAUGAUGAAAUAGAAUGUAUAAAUGCUGGUAACAGAGUGGAGCAGGGAAAUGGUGAUAUGGAAGGUCCGAUAGAUGCAACCGGGGAUUGUUUAUCUCCUGAGUCUGAUGGGAUUUCCAAUAGCUGUAGAAUCAUUGAUGAUUCCAAUAUAGGAUCCCAGGUGGUAUAUGAUAUUCAUAACACGUGCAAUGAUACUGAUGCCUCUGCACACUUAUCCGUUCUAGAAGAAUUACGUCAUGGAUCAGCUGUCAAUGACAAAUUAGUUGUUCCCAGUGAGGAUGCAAUGGCACUUAACGUUUCUGAAUCUGAAAAUCCUGUUGAUUCUUUUGAUAGUGAUGGAUUUAAAAAUUUUGUUAACAGCACUUCUGUAGAUACAGCAAGUUCUGUUAGUGAACUUAAAGAGAACCCGUUCAACGUUGAAUCAAGAAACUCAUCCAACUUUGAUGAUGAGUCCCUAACGCUUGUAACCAAGCAGCAGGAUGAAAUUCCUGGUUCAAAUGGCAAUAGAAGUUCUGGUAUUUCCCACAGUUCUAGUUUUGUUGCUGAUAAUGUGAGUCCACUUGUCAAUAUUGUGCUCAGUCCUCAGUCAAAUAAAACUUCAGACGCUGAGGUUUUUCCUGAAAAUGAAGAGAAUGCUCUAUCAGUUUCAAUCAAACAAAAUCUUUACCUGAACAAAAUGCUGCAGGUCUUAGCCAAGUCGUCCUCAGAAGAGCAGAGCUUUUUGGAACAUAACCCGUUUACAAAAUCAUCUGUUGCAUCAACCAAUACAUGUAUAGAUGAGCAGGUUAGAAAUGAUAAUAAUGAGGUUAAUAAACAUAGAUCUGAAUCUCCAAAUUCUGGAUCCUUUUACUCUGAUCCUGGUAUUCCAGCUCCAUCAGUAGUUUCUGCAGCUGUACAGGUGCUUCCUGGAAAGGUUUUGGUUCCUGCAGCCGUUGAUCAAGUUCAGGGACAAGCUCUAGUUGCAUUACAAGAUCUAAAGGUCAUUGAACCUGAUGUUCAACCCAGUGAUUUAUGCACCCGUCGUGAAUAUGCUCGAUGGUUGGUAUCUGCUACUAGCAUUCUAUCAAGGAAAACAACCUCAAAGGUAUAUCCUGCCAUGUACAUAGACAAUGUUACUGAGCUUGCAUUUGAUGAUAUCACCCCUGAAGACCCUGAUUUUUCUUCCAUUCAAGGCUUGGCAGAAGCUGGACUUAUAGAAAGCAGGCUUUCAAGAUGUGAUAGACAGUUGUCUGCAGAUGAAGAAUAUGGCCCAUUUUACUUCUCCCCUGAAAGCGCUUUAUCACGUCAAGAUCUUAUUAGUUGGAAAAUGGUCGUAGAGAGAAGACAGCUACCGGAAGCAGAUAGAAAGAUGCUGUACCAACUUUCUGGUUUUAUAGACACUGACAAGAUACACUCUGAUGCAUUCCCUGCACUUGUAGCUGAUCUAUCUGCCGGGGAGCAUGGAAUAAUAGCUCUUGCAUUUGGUAAUACACGAUUAUUCCAGCCACAUAAACCAGUAACGAAAGCCCAAGCAGCUGUUGCCCUUGCCACUGGAGAUUCUUCUGACAUAAUAAGUGAAGAGCUUGCACGCAUUGAAGCAGAAUCUCUGGCUGAAAAUGCUGUUGCUACACAUAGUGCUUUAGUAGCUCAAGUUGAGAAGGAUAUCAAUUCAAGUUUUAAACAGAAGCUUUCCGCGGAGAGGGAAAAGAACAAUGCUGUUGAAAGAGUGGCUGAAGAGGCAAGAUGUGAGUUGGAAAGGUUGAGAGCCGAGAAAGAAGAAGAUAGACUUUUCUUGAUAAAGGAACGUGCUGCUAUUGCAUCAGAAAGGGAUGUUUGUUCUAGGUUAAGGCAUGAGAUGGAAGAUCAACUACAAAAUCUUAUGAAUAACAAGGUUGAAAUAGCUUAUGAAAAAGAGAGGAUUAGCAAGCUUCGGGAGCUAGCAGAAAUUGAGAACAGGGAAAUUACACAAUUACUGUAUGAGCUUGAGGUUGAACGAAAAGCCUUGUCAAUGGCCAGGGCAUGGGCAGAGGAUGAGGCCAAACGAGUGAGCGAACAUGCGGAGGCUUUGGAGAAGGCUAGAGAUCAUUGGGAGAGGAAUAGAAUCAAAGCAGUAGAUGGUGAGGACUUCCGUGAGGAGAAGUCUGGUGGAGUUACAUGGACCAAUGCUGAGGAGCAGUUCUCGGUUCAAGGCACAGUUGACAGGGCUGACAAUCUAUUGGACAAGCUGAAAAAAAUGGCAGUAGGUGUGGGAGGAAGAGCUAGAGAUACAAUUGACAAGAUUAUCCACACGAUUUCCCAAUUUGUAGCAAGAUUGAGGGAAUGUGCAUGCAAAACUGGGAAACAGGGUGAAGAAUUAAGAGAAGCUGCCAUCUCAAAGGCAGGUAAGUCAGCUUAUGAUGUGCAGCGAGGUGCCCUUGAAUUUGGAUCUACUAUCAAAGAAAGGGCCGAGAGAGUCGCAGGUGAUUGUAGAGAAGGAGUUGAGAAGUUCACUCUGAAGUUCAAGACCUGAUCUCUCCUUUUUCAGUGCUCUCAUGUUCAGGGAAUUUUGAAUACAUCACACUCAUGUGAAUCAUGUCAUUUUUGUAUAAUUGAAACUAGUAGCAAUUGUGGUGUGUGAUAACCAGCUCUAGUUCAACAUGUUACCUUCAUGGCUCAAUCAUGUCUGCAGCUCAACUCCUUUAGGAAAUAAAAGCAGAGCGCAAGUUUCAAGAUUGUCUCGAAGCACGCUGUGUACAUGUUUUGAGCAUGUCAUUCAAGCUCGGACUAAGUCACACGUAACUGUUUCUACACAUACAUUCCUUUUUCUUUUCCCUGAAUGGUCAUCAGCAUCAUUCGUAAUUCGCAUUCUGGAAUCCCCAUGAUGCAGAUAUAUUUAUGAAUGACAGAGCCAGGGAAUUGCUACCCGCAAAUCCAAAAUAAAAUGUCAGAUCACUAUUCAAGUGACCCACGUUUAAUUUUAAUUGGAAAUUUAAAUUCAAUUUACAUGUAUAGGAAAAAUCUUCAGGAGUUACACCAACUAUUUCCUGAAAGAAACUGAUUUAGUUAAUGAAUAAAUGGUCUCUUAAACUUC